UAAGCAACAAUAUAAUUGUUGAAAUCACUGAAUUUUGUCUAUUUUUAAAUUUGACCUUUUUAUCGUCAUCACCAACACCACCACCACCAUCACCACUACUUCAAUUUUGUAGUUGAGAAGAAAUUAUUCCGAUGAACACAGCAGAAUUCGAACCAGGAUUCGAAUUUGCUUGAAAGAAUUUUUUUUCCAACAACACUGCCAACAGCUGCUAUUGUCAUCAUCAUCAUCAUCGUCGCGGUGGUUGACUCCCAACAUGCAGAUGUUGCUUUGCUUUGCUACCGAAAAAAAAGAAACAGAACAAAACGAUCUCAUCAAAUUCAUGACGGACGGAUGAAUGGAUGAUGCAUGAUGAUGAUGCCAACACCCAGAAAUCAACAACACAACACAACAUACACAUCAAGAAAUCCUGCUGUACGAAAAAUGAAUGAAAAAACUUUGAUGAAAAAAAGUGGACCAAGUGUUAAUUGAAUUUAUUAUUAUUGGCAACAAGUGACCUAUCCAUUCUCUCCGUAUCCUGUAUUCAUUUUGUUGAACUUUGUAUUUCAACAUUAUAUUAACCUAUGACCUGAUCUGACCUGACAGAAUAUUUUUUUUUCAUUGGAAAGGUAAAGUUGAUUGUACAAAUAGAGGAAUCAAAAAUAAAAAAAUUAUGGCUAAAAAUCACCAUGCUGAUAACACAUCACCUUGUUUACCUAUGCCAAAACCUCGUUCUGAUGUUGAUUAUGUACGUGAAAGUCAAUUUUUAUUAUGGUUAUGGAAAAUGAUUGAAGAAAUAUCAUUUAGUUAUGAAUAUGAACAAUAUUUACGUGAUGGUGUUGUAUUAUGUCGAUUAAUGGAAAAUGUAGCAUCCGAUCUACGAGAUAAUGGUAAACAACAAACAUCAAGCAUGAAGAAGAGUUUAUUGGAAAAAGGUGAUGAUAAAGGAAAAAAAGUGGAAAAUAUUCACCGAUUCUUGGAUGCAUGUCGUCAAUAUGGUCUCAAUGAUACGGAAUUAUUCGACGUUGAAGAUUUAUUAUCAAUGCUAGAUAUGCCGAAAGUAACACGUUGUCUUUAUACAUUAGGAAGAUAUAUAGCAGAAAAAAAUGGUAAUAAACCAACGCUUGGGAAACCAUAUGAUGAAUGGCUUAAUGAACAAAUGGAUUAUGGAUUGCAACAAAUUGAACAAAUUGGAUCCAAUGUACGUCGUAGAAAUGGAAUGCCGUUAGGUGAUGAUCUACAUGUUUCACAUGUCGAUACUGAAUGGGUUAAAAAACGUUUAGACAUCAAUGUCAGUAAAGAUCAACAACGUAUACAAAGACCACCACGUGAUCCACUAGUACAACGUCAACCAUCUAUACCAAUAACAAAUUUAAAAGAAAUUUUUCUUGGUAAAAGUCCACCACUUCAAUAUGAUCAAUCAAUCAACGAUCAAAAAAAAUGUAAAAUGUCAAAUUUUUGA